AUGGACACCAAAGACUUUGACGUUGUCCGCAUUGCGAGGAGCGAUGGAGUCGACACCGGGCCCGGAUACUGGCCAGUGGUGGCGCCAACAUCAACAGCCGCCAAUGCUUCCAAGAAGGGGGGCAAGGAAACGACUGCCGCAGACAAGGCUCCGCGAACGAAGCCCCAGAUGACGAGGCUAGCAGAGGACGACCCGAGAUUUGUGGAGUGGCGGAUCAAGCUGGGGAUUCUGUUGAAGCAGGAACUGUCGCCCACGCCAGACGAAGGAAAUCCGUGGUAUGUGCAUUUCCCACGAGGCUACUGGCUCUAUGAAAAGUCAAAGCAUCUCUGGGUGUCUGGGUACCCCAUCAAGUCCAAGCUGUUCAAGAGUCCUCAGGAGUUUGGUGUUCACUUGAUAUGGUUGCUGUCAGCGUCCAAGGACUACGGCGACUGCUGCUGUGUGCACUGUAACACACCCGCUCCUUCGAAGCCCCUGCCUCCUGUUCAAGGCCCAGCCAGGACAGAGAAACCCGAGAGACCGGUCAAGGUGACGCCUGUCCCUCUGCCCCCAAUUCCAGGCCAGCCACCCCAAAGGGCGCCAAGUAUUACGCCCGUCCCGCAGGCAGCGCAGCCUCAACAGCCCCAGCAGCCCCAACCUCAGCAGCUACCACAGCAGUUACCACAGCAAAAACCGAUCCAGCAGACUCCCGUACCGCUUCCUGCGCACAUCCAGUCGAAUCAGCCCGCCCAGGCCUCUCAAUCCCCUCAGCUUAUACAACCAAACCCGUCCCAACCAGUUCCAAUGGCUGGCACCAACCCUCCAACGCCGCCAAAAGCCCAGGCCAUCCAGUGGUCCCUAAAAAGCCCACUGCUCUUCCGAGCUGGCGAGCUCGUCUGGUUUCAAACCGGCAAUACCUGGCGGCUUGGAAUCAUUUCAAACCCGGGCAACAUGACCCCGAACGGCAUGACGUUCGAGCUAUUACCGAUUGGCCAUGCCGCCGUUCCUCAGCCAAACGUGACCAAAGCCGAGGCCGACCUGCGGCCAUUCCACUGCUACAGCGUUCCCUCUGUCGACAUUGCCGAGCUCAAGGACAAGGUCUUUGACGAGGUCCCCUGGGAGAGCCUGUUCCAGGCCGCCGGGAGCAACGCCGUCCGCCGGGACCUCAUCAACCUCGACGCCUCGAAAAUGGCCGCCUCCAAGGUCGACUUUUCGCACUCCCUCUGGACCCGACGCGGCGACGACCCCACCGGCAAGGCCGUCUCCUACUACGGCUGCUUCUUCGGCGCCGAGCGGCUCGAGAUUGGCGACGCCGUGCGGGUGAAGAUGGCAGGGGCCGAGGCCAACUCGAGCCAGACGACCGUCAUGGGCCUGCUGCACAUCUUCACCAGCGCCGACUAUCCCGGCUCCGUCUUCUUCCGCGGGCCAAUCUACCAGCUGUCCAAGCAGGGCGCAGCCGCUUCCACCGCGGGGGCCGGCACCGUCAUCGACGACGAAAAGGACAAGCUGCCCCUCGCGCUGCAGGAGGAGGUCCGGUGGCGGACGCAGGUCACGCGCAGCCGGCAGUGGUGCUGGGUCCUCAUCAAGGACAACGUCGUCUUCAAGGAGCAGUCCAUCCGCGGCCGCUUCUACCCCACGCACCGCCUCAUGCCCAUCUACAACCCCAACGAGUUCAAUGCCUUGCUCGCGGGCCAGCAGCCGCUCAGGGAUCAGCAUAUAUACUUGAACAACCGCAUGGAUGGCGCGGGCGGGAGACACAUUGGACGAAAGGCCAAUCGACUGGAUACGCUGGGGCCUUGUGUGCCGCAUACGGCGAGGUUGAUGCUUGAGCCGCAUAUUCAGGAGGAGUAG